AUGGCUCCAAUAUUUGCUGGAUCUUUACAACCAAAAAAGAAGAGUGACCUUCAAUCGCUCGCGUCAGCUCUGAAUAUCAGCACGGAGGGGACCAAGGAGGAAGUUCAGACUCGGAUAAAAAUGUAUCUCGACAAAAAUCAGUCAGAACUCGCAGAAGAUCCCCAAUUUUCUGGUCUUUAUGAUAGAAGACGGAGGAGGAAGGAAAGUGCUCUACCACCGGGUAAUCGUCUUACAAUGGAUAGUGGAAGCGAACGCUCUCACAAUGCGCCCCCAGUCGCCCCGCUUGGGCCUGUUUACGAGUCUACUCCGGUUAAGGAUUUGUCGGAUGUUUCGGCUUUCCUAAAGAAUCCUCCUCUAUCACCUUCAGAAUCAGAUGGACGCGCUUCUCCAAGUCGACGCAGGACGACCCGAUCUUCCCUCGCUAUUACUGAUGCACCCCACAAUAUACCCCCUUCACCGACCAGUCCAGAGACCAGCUCUAUCGUAGAUCAAAGUCUUUUCGACCGAACAAUCAUCGAGCACAUACCGACCCCUCGUUUCGGUAGCAUGUUGCAAGUGGUGAAACGAAAACAGGAAGCAGUUGCACAGAGCACACAUAAGACCCUUUAUAAUGCCCGUACGCUCCUGUCCAACUCUCACACCAUCUGGUCAAUAUCUGUUCUGGUGCAACUUUUGUAUAUCUCUGUCUCUAUCAUCCCUUGGCGGUUUUUGCACAUUCCAUUCAGCGCAACUUCUAUCCCCGCUUCCUUGGAUAUCCCCCCCUCGACGGUCAUUCCUCAGUCUACUUCACCGCAAUGGAAUUUUAUAUCUAUCACGAUUCCAUAUCCUCCGCUUGCCACGUUUGAAUCAAGCAUGUUCUGGAUCAUUCUCUUGCAUUGGUUCAUUCCUACUGUGCUCAUUCCGGUAGUCGCUGGUAUUCUCAUCAGCUUCAGACCAUUGUCAUCAACUCCUCCUCGAGUCAUCCUUAGCGAAUCCCGAGAAGUCUCACGGACUGUGCGUAUUGAAGAAGAGAAGGCAGAGACGACCAACGUCGAUUCCGAGCAAACCCGACUCGCACCUCCUUUCGAUCCUCUUACCGCGUCUAUCGUCCAGCUCGCAGCUCAGGUUGCAUACACAUUUCCAGCGGUACAUAGACCGUUCUCGCUGUCAUCCAAUUCGAGCCCUCUUAUCAAGAGCGUUGAUAUCCUUGGAUUUAAAUGGAGGGUCUUGUCGGCAAGCGUUGUUGUUGCACUGUCCUUCGCAGAGGCGCUUGGAAUUGCGGGUUCGUUUGAAUCUUCACAUACGGGAAUGAAAUACCAGAAUUUUACUUCCCAAAGGUCUCUACAUGGAGCAGUUGAUACCAUCGAAGAGUCUGAGGUUGACUAG